GGGCGGGUCCUCGCGGUGGCCGGGCCGCAGGCUGCGGGCGGCUGGCGGCUGGCGGCUGGCGGCUGGCGGCGAGCUGCGAGUCGCCUGGAGGGCCGGAUCCUGGUCUGGGUCCGCCCCGUCGCGCUCCGCCCCUCCGCCCACAGUGCCCGGGCGGGCGCGACCGUGGAGCCACAAUCUCCGGGCUAGGCUGGGGCGGCCGGCCCGGAGCCACCCGUUGAGGUCUCCUCUCUAGGGAUGGUGGGAUUGGAAGAGGCUCCUGUAACCCUCCUCUGGGAUGCUCCCGCUUCCAGAAGACAUGGAGAGCGCUCUCACAGGGAGCCAGAGCUCCCGCGCUUCCCUGCGCGAUGUCCAUUCCAUCAACCCCACGCAGCUCAUGGCCAGGAUCGAGUCCUAUGAAGGAAGGGAGAAGAAAGGCAUAUCCGACGUCAGGAGGACUUUCUGUUUGUUUGUCACCUUUGACCUAUUAUUUGUAACAUUACUAUGGAUAAUAGAGUUAAAUGUGAACGGAGGCAUUGAGAACACGUUGGAGAAGGAGGUGGUGCAGUAUGACUACUACUCUUCUUAUUUUGAUAUCUUCCUCUUGGCAGUUUUCCGGUUUAAAGUGCUGAUCCUUGCGUAUGCUGUGUGCAGACUGCGCCACUGGUGGGCAAUAGCGUUGACGACCGCAGUGACCAGUGCCUUUCUACUAGCGAAAGUGAUCCUCUCAAAGCUUUUCUCGCAAGGGGCAUUUGGCUAUGUGCUGCCCAUCAUUUCAUUCAUCCUUGCCUGGAUUGAGACUUGGUUCCUGGAUUUCAAGGUGUUACCUCAGGAAGCAGAAGAGGAAAGCAGACUCCUAAUUGUUCAGGAUGCAUCAGAGAGGGCAGCCCUCAUACCUGCGGGUCUGUCAGAUGGUCAGUUUUAUUCCCCUCCUGAAUCUGAAGCAGGAUCUGAGGAAGAAGCUGAGGAAAAGCAGGACAAUGAGAAAGCACUUUUAGACCUCUGACUUCUGCUUCAUAAAAAGGGAGCUGAUGGCUUACACCCGGAGAGCCCUGACCAUGUGAAUUGUGUCUCAUGCCUGUGCAGUGUAUCCUGUGUGUGAUGGCUCCUGGCGACUUGACAAUCUGAGACAGCUGUGCUGGAGGUCAGGAGAUUUUUCAGUCGUGCGCUGGCCUGUGAUAACGUCCAUGCCUGUGUGACUGUCUGGUUUCUCAGAAGGAGACUAUGAGCCCCUGGUUGGGUGGAUUGAGCAGCGCUUGUUAAGGUAGAUCAGCCUGGAAUCACGUGGACUCUGGAACUUACUCCUUAUUUACAGUUAUCCAUAUUUAAUAGUGUGGCUCACUUGUAUACUAUUGGUCAUAUUCACUAUUAGGACUUACUCUGUGUUUAAUACUAGGCAUUCUUAACACUGGAGAUUUUUGUAUGUUUAACAUUGGGCCUCUGAGACCUAGUUAUCUUAGUAAAAUGAACAGAACUGUACUGUGUCAUACUAGAGCACAGACUGAUUUGUGGAAUUCCUGAUGCUCACUAUGUGGUAGGUACUGGCUAUUAGACACACAAAACAAAGCAAAGACGUAGCCUAACAGAUCAUGAUGGGAACUGCGCAUUCUGUUAUAUAAGCUUUCCUGGUAUUUCAAAAUCUUCAGUUUCUAGCCUUUUGGUUGAAUUAUAAGAUGCUGUAACAUCUCUGUGAUGCGUUAUUACUGAGCUGCUAAUUGGCAGUUCCUUAGGUAAUUGAUUAUAAUGAGGAAAAUCAACUAUUUCCAGUAUGGCCUGUUUAGUAGACAAAAAGACUUAACAAAUGAAGCCUGUAAGGAAAAGAACUGUGCUACAAAGAAUCUAUAAUGAGGUAAUUUAUAAAUAUUGCCUGGAAAGUUGCAUUUUUUUUUUCUUAAUGGUUGUGAACAUACUGCAUGUCCUUGAUGAAUCUGCUUCUAGUUGAGGUGUGUGUGGGACACUCUACUCUGUAAGACCUUGGAGAGAUACGUAUCUUCAGGUGGAAUUGUGUGAAUCUUUGCCGUGCUUUCCCACUGAACAUAUGCCUGCAGCUGGCUGUUGUGGUUUUCAUUUUAUCCGAACAUGUUAUGGAUUUGAGUCAUAGAGAUCCAGUGGAGAAUGGGAGGUCAGUAUGUAGAAGUCUUCCCUGUGGCAAAUUGGCCUACAACCUUGGCAUUGUAAGAACAAUGCAGCAGUCAAGAGAAGAAAUAUAGGCAGUUCAGAAGGGCUUUUGCUUUCUCUUUCUCUUUACCAGCUCUGAGCCUAAAAGGAAGGAGAGUAACAUGUCCAGAAGAGUAACGUGUUUCCACUUCAGGAUCAAGUAAUGUUUAAGGCAAGAGCAGAGCUCCUGAAACCAGGCUUCUUGGGUUCAAAUCCCAGCACUGUUGCUAAAUAGCUAUGCAGCCAUAAGGAAAUUCCUUAGACCUCUCUGCCUCAGUUCACCAGAACAAACAAUUGUACAUAUCUCAUAGGCUGCCUAUGAGAAUUCCAUGGGAUAACGCAUAGUGAAUCCAGAAACCAAAACAGUUCUACACAAGUGAUUGCUGUUAGUACUUUAGCAGGGUGUCAGUCACUGAGUUUGUAACUACUUAGGAAUGUGAAAUUUUAAUUUCCGCUCUUUGGUUUAAAGAUUAAUAAUCUCAACCAAUGUGGGAAUAAAAUGUAGAUAAUCUGUAUGUCUUUCAAAAAACAUAGGCAAAAGGAUCUUCAGCUUUUUAAAUCACAGAGAAAUGGAGUAUUUGAGGAGACAGACAUGCUCACACUGAUUUAAACACUGCCCAUUUUAUGUAUGCACUGUAUCAGACACGAUUCCAAGAAUAUGAACAAAUUUCACAUGUCAAUUUUAAAAAGGGAGAACUGAUGGUAUAGCUAUGCAGUGUGACUCCUGGCCCCAUGUCCUCCCCCUCACCAGGUGGCUUCCCUGCAUGAGGCUACUGUGCUGUGGAGAAGUCCUGGACCAGGAAGGAUGCAUAACACAAGUUCUGCUUCUGAAGUGCCCCUGAUUGUAGCCAAUGUCCCAUGGAGGAGCUGGAUGUCAAGCGUACUGUCUGCACCGGAGAGCAUCGUGAAAGGCCCCACUGUGCCUGAGGGUCACUGUUCAUUGCUGCUGUCCAUAAAUGAGCAGUUGUGCAACAAGGACACUCACAAUGGAAGGCAGAAUUUCUCUUCUAUUUAUAACACGGAGAGCAGUCAUCAAGGGAGAAAGACAGUGGGGAAAUUAGUGACAAACUAGUGGCCUAGAGUUCCUUUGAGGAGAUGCGCUCACAAAUUUGUACAGACCCUGCGUCAUUAGAGGAUGCCACAGGCAAGGGUGCAAUGCAUGCUGUUUGUUUGUUUUCCCCAAUUAAAAAUGUCUGAAAGGAAGAUACUCGCUAUUAGGUAGAUUAUGUGUGCACACCCACGUGGCCACAAAGCUUGAGUUCACAGAGACUUGGAGUUAAAUUUAUAGUGACCUUAGUAGGUAACUUUUUCCCAUCUGUAAACUGUGGACCAUAACUGUACCCACCUCAGAGGACUCUUGCAGGAUCAUGGGUUGCCUUGUACAACAGAGCUCAGUCGCUAUUCCAUCCCACCCAUCCUCUGUACAGAAGUAAAAAGAGAGCAUUCUUGGUGCUUUUGCGUAUGUGUCCGUAUUCACUGUAUCUCUGUGUGGAACACAUACCAAUGCUGUUAAGGACAUGUCUGUACCAAGCAUGAUGAACUCAUCUGAUCUUCCCGACUCCAGGAGUCAGGGCAUACUAACUUCAUCUCACAGGAAGAAAUUAGGGCACAGAGAUUUCAAGUAUCUGAUGUCACCUGGACACUAAAUUUCAGACCCAGUAUCAAAGCCUACGUCCUCUGGGUCCAGGGUCCAUUUGAUGAAGUCUUCCAUCACACUGAACCUACAGAAUUAAUGCAGAUCUCAAGAGGACAUUGUGAGAAUCAGGAAACUGAUUGAUGCUAUGGAAUGCUGCUGUACAGCUGAGCACACAUAAUACCAUUAACAUUAGACAUUUUCUUAUUGCCAUGGAGGGUCUCUUACAAACUGUAUCUGAAAUGUGUUGACCUUUAAAAGACCAACAUGGGCAUCUUCAACUGGCUGCUGCUCCUUGGAGCCACUGUAGCGAUAAAAUGUGGUCUUGCUCAUUUGUCCUGCUGUUUCUUACAUCGAAUUGUCAAUUCCAUUUCAUCAAAUUAAACUACACAUUGCCCAAAGAA